AUGGAUAGUUUACUCUUAGAUGUAGUUUCGGCAGCAAAAUUUGGAUUCAACCUGUAUAUAGACCUCUUGUGUGAAUACAAUUUCUCUGCCUUGAUAGUAUCAUCUAUAACCUUUAUGCUCAUUUUGUCAGUUUUCGAAAUAUCUGAUGGUAGGCUUGUAUGUUCCUUUUUUGCCUGUGUGAGAAAGACCCCUUUCAUAAGAUCGUACAUUAAUAAGAAGAUAGAUGAAGCUUCAAAAGAAAUACAUAAGGAGGUUCAUAAAAAAACCUCACAUAUUGUAUUUGAAAAGAACCUUCCUAUCUGCGGACAAACUGUGGAGAAUGUACUCUCAAGUGCCCGGAAGUAUAAAACAUUGGAAUGUAUAAAGUGGAACGAAGGCUUUGUUUCUGGAAGCGUUUACCCAAGAGAUAAUGCUCUUACAGUCUUGUGCACGGAUAUCUAUAAGGAAUUCCUCUGGACAAAUCCAUUACAUCCGGAGCUUUUUGUUGAUAUUCGACGAAUGGAAGCUGAGGUUGUACGUAUGUGUGUUACAAUGUUCCAUGGAGAUAAAGAUGCAUGCGGUACUACUACGUCAGGAGGAACAGAAAGCAUUCUUCUUGCAUGUUUGGCCUAUCGCCAGCUUGCACGUGAACAUGGUAUCAAACAUCCAAAUAUGGUAAUUCCGGUCACAGCUCAUCCGGCAUUUGAUAAAGCUGCACAUUAUUUUUCUAUUAAAGUAAUUCAUGUUCCAUUGGAUCCUAUUACGUAUCAAGUAGAUAUGAUUGAAAUGAAAUCAUCAAUAACCGAUGAUACAUGUAUGCUUGUUGGUUCAGCACCAGGAUUUCCCCAUGGAAUAAUUGAUCCUAUAGAAGAAAUUGCUAAAUUAGGUCAUAGAUAUAAUAUACCAGUUCAUGUGGAUUGUUGCUUAGGUGGUUUCCUUUUACCUUUUAUGGAAAAAGUUAGUUAUCCAAUUGGAGAAUUCGAUUUUCGGUUGCCCGGUGUCACAAGUAUAUCAUGUGAUACACAUAAGUACGGGUUUGCACCAAAAGGCACAUCUGUUAUAAUGUAUAGAAAUCAAUAUUACCGAUCUAAACAAUACUUUACACAGACAACUUGGCCUGGUGGCAUAUAUGCUUCAUCAACUUUACCAGGAAGUCGACCUGGUGCGUUAAUUGCUACUUGCUGGGCAACGAUGAUGUAUCAUGGAGAAAAUGGUUAUUGCAAAUCUACUAAACGUAUCAUCAGUACUACUCGAUAUAUUAUAAAUGAAUUACGUAAAAUACCGGGUAUUUUUGUACUUGGUGAACCAAAUGUUUCCAUUGUAGCAUUUAGUUCAAAUAAUUUUGAUAUAUAUAAAUUAAGUCAUUUAUUAUCAGAUAAACCAAAUGGACGUGGUUGGAAUUUAAAUAAUUUACAAUUUCCACCAGCGAUUCAUUUAUGUGUUACAGAUAUGCAUACAACAAAAGGUUGUGCAGAACAAUUUAUUCAAGAUGUAAAAGAAAUAGCUAAAGAAUUAAUAAAACAACCAAAUAAAAAAUCUGAAGGUUCAGCUGCUCUUUAUGGAUUAUCACAAAUGAUACCGGAUCGUUCAAUUGUCACUGAAUUAGCUCAUUGCUAUUUAAAUGCAUAUUAUGAUACACCAAAUAAUGUAUCAUAA